GCACGUAUACAUUGUUUCUGCCAGCAGGCGCAGAUGAGAGUGUGAACUUUAUCAAUCAGUUCUCUCUACCUACGCAGGAUCAUUUUGGUAGUCGAUCAUGUUUAAACGAAUUAAUGUUUGGGUUGUUGUCAGUCAUUGUAGUUAGUUCAAAUGUGUAGACAACUGUUUUUUGCAUUUUGAUAAGAUGUUUACGAUGUAGCGUCAGAUAGUUUUGGUGUAACGUUAGGGGGCGAGGUUUGUUGCGACUACUUUAUACAAGUUAAACGUCUACAAAUGUUGACAAGACGCGACACGCAGACCUGAGGAAUCGCAGCCAGUUUUCUUUUCUCUAGGGAUUAAAAUAUCCAGUGACUGAGAAAAUCUACUGUGUGCGAUGGUUUGACCUAAUGCAUUUAAAAAAUGGCUGGGAUAGCGUGGUAUCAAAAAAAGAUUGGAGCCUAUGAUCAGCAGAUUUGGGAAAAAUCACUAGAGCAAACUGAGCUCAAGGGCAUUGGUCACAAGCCCAAAAAGACUGGCCAUAUCAAGCCAGACCUUAUUGAUGUUGACCUAGUAAGAGGUUCCACGUUUAGCAAGGCCAAACCGGAGAGCCCUUGGACCGCUCUUACCCGUAAAGGCUUGGUCAGGGUCCUCUUCUUUCCUUUCUUCUUUCAGUGGUGGAUCCAAGUUACAUCAAAAUGUAUCUCCACCUGUAUCUUGGUCCUGUACUUUCUUCAAGUGGCAGGAGCUGUGUUGUAUUUUGAGGUACCAGCAGCCUGUGCCAGUGAGGUGGUCGGUCCAUUGUGUCUCAUGCUUUUGUUGGGGACAGUGCAUUGCCAAAUCGUGUCCACACAAUCCUCCAGAAGUCCAGACAACAGUCCUGUCUCCAGCCGGGUAGCCAGCCCCGUCCGCUGGAAAAGGCAGAGAAAGGGCAGAAAAUCAAAAAGAUCAGAGGAUGAGGGGAGCAAAGCGGGGGGGAUAGUAGAAGUCAAACCCUGGCUGCUUGAAGACAACCAUCGGGUCUACAAAUCUGAGAAGAAACUGACCUCUUUAAGACCUCGUGAUGGGGCUUCUGAUGACCUCUCCAGUGAGGCCGAGGAUGCAGAUGAAGCAGAUCUGCACAGAGACAGGCUUUUCUCAUCAGCACCUCCCAAAUACGCCCCAGCACUGAGAAAUAGACUUCGCAGUGUCCCCAAGAACCACCAAACACCCCAAGCCCAGCCUCAGGAAAAUGACAUGACAAAAGACACCCCAGCGCUGCCACGUGAAGUCGAGCAUCUACGGCCAUCGGAGGGCUCACACCCAGCCUCUGAUACUGAUGACAUGUUAUGGGAGGAGCUUCUACAGGAUCCUGACUCCGCCUCCACAGGAAGCAGCAACAGUGAGGAGGAGGAGCCUCACAGUCCUAGCCACUCCCUUCCUCUGCCCAACAUAACUCUCAGUAGUGAAGAGGAGGACGAGGCCUUACCGCAGCACCAGUUCUCAUGGCUGCAGGCGUGUCAUCCGUCUAAAGACCGCGUCAGUGCUAUUUUCUGGGAGCAGGGAGAAUGCAAGAAAGCAGACAUGUCUGUGCUGGAGAUCAGUGGUAUCAUUCUCACCAGAGUAAAGUCCUUCUUUACCCCUCUGCCUCUUAGUGGCUUAAUGCCUUUGAAAGAGAAAAGAACUGUGAAGGUGGUGGAACAAGGAAUGGGAUAUCUGAUUUUAGGCAGCGUGGUCACUGCUUGUCUGGCCCUACUGCCUUACUGCUUCAGACUGGCACAGAAACUGAACGUUGCCAAUUUCAGUGCAGUUUCUCUUGAGCAUCUUCCAGCAGUAGCCGUCGGGCCCUGUAGUGCCUUAUCAUAUGCAUUCUUCAUCAUCACCACAGUGGAGAGAGGUGUCCUUUCUGGACUCUUCUUCUUUAUGAUGUGUGUGGCAGAAAGGACAUAUAAACAGCGGCUUCUCUUUGCCAAGCUCUUCAGCCAUCUCACAUCGGCACGUAAAGCAAAAAAAUCUGAGAUUCCUCACUUUCGACUGAAGAAAGUACAAAAUAUCAAGAUGUGGCUUUCACUACGGUCAUUCCUGAAGAGGCGAGGACCUCAGCGAUCGGUUGAUGUUAUUGUAUCAUCAGUUUUUCUACUGGCUUUGUCCAUUGCAUUCAUCAUCUGUGCCCAGCUUUUACACUGUCACCACACAUUCCUGGACUCAGAAACCAACUGGGAGCUGAUGGUCUGGUGUGCUGCUCUCGUGGUUUUCCUGCUCCGACUGGCUACUCUCGGGGCAGAGACCAACCGAAAGUACAGUAACGCUUCUGUGCUCCUGACUGAACAGAUAAACUUGUAUUUAAAGAUGGAGAAGAAACCCAACAAAAAGGAUCAGCUGAACAUAGUGAACAAUGUUUUGAGACUGGCCACGAAGUUAUUGAAAGAAUUGGACGCUCCGUUUCGUCUGCUCGGGCUGACUGUGAACCCGCUCAUCUACAAUAUCACAAGAGUGGUCAUUCUCUCUGCAGUUUCAGCUGCGGUCAGCGAUUUACUGGGGUUCAACAUCCGGCUCUGGAAGAUCAAAACCUAAUGUGAUGCCACUACACUGCGAGAGUCUUAACACUGGGACCAGAGAAACUUCUAAGUGGGAUUUUGCACAACCUCAGAUGACCAUGUUAUGCCUCUUUAAAAACUGUGCAAAUCUACUGACCAAACCUGUGCAUGGCUCCAUGUCCUCUGAUAAUGGCCAGACCAAAAACCUGUGUUUAACUCAACUGGGAUUUUGAGAUAUUCCCUUACAUUUGAUUUUUAAAAGUGUAAAGCACAACCAGACUUGAAUCUACUAUUCUGGAUGCAAUAACUUUUUUGAUGCACUUUCUGUAACUAUUUAAACGCUUGAUGUAUUUUUCAAAUACUUUUUUACUUCCCAAAAAUGUAUUAUUUGUCUUGUUUAGAAGCAAAGAUUUAAAACAGAACCACUAUGUGCCUUGUGAAUAAUUCCACGUAACAGUAAUUUUACAUGAGCUAUUUACAAAACAGAUUUGUUGACUGAAUGGGCAAUUGAAUUAAAGUUUUGAGUUUUUUAAGGGUACUGAAAACCUUGCACACUGAAGCUUCUGGGGGUGCAUUAUGAUCAAGGGCAUUGAAUUAAAAUAAAUAAACUUUUUCUAACUCAAAAUCAUUCUUAAGAUUAUGUAUUUACAUCCUUAAAUUUUCACUAAAUGUAGAUGCGCAAGUAUGUAAUGUUAACAGUCUAAUAGUGACUAAAAAUACUUUAAUCAUUUUGUAAAUGAUUUUUGACUGUCUUUUAUUUUCAGGUUUGAAAAUAAAAUUUAACUUUUUGACCUCGA